CCCUUUUAUGAAUGACCCCGGACUGUUCUCUCCAAGGUCCAGCGCAUGCAGCAGCCCAGUGCCAGUAGCUUUGCCUGAAAGGCAAAGUAUAUUAAUUCUAGGACCAAAUGGAACUCUUGAGGGUACUCCAUUAGAGAUCAGACCAAGUGUACAGCCCACUAUACAACAGAUCACACCUGUGCAACCACCUACGAUACCGGCCACACCUGUGCAGCCUCCACAGCCUCCACAGGCGUUGCAAGAUUAUAAUAGGGAAGGAUACUUCGAACCAAAGUUGGUGAGGAACAAGCAAAUUCAACCGCGUUGCUGGGAAUUGUUGUUUUGCUCCGGCAAAUGCACACUAUCGCAGUAUCGAAAAAAAAAGUGUGGAGGCUGUCAAGGCACGAGGCAAGCACUGGUUUCCUGGCGCGCGUUGCAGCAGCGUCAGAGAUUGCCACAUAUUGCCCUCAACAAGAGGCAUUCAACCUCUCAAAAGGCAUAGAAACAACCAUACAUACUUGCGGUCGGACCUUCAUGGGCUAAUAUACAUACGUAUGAAAUUGUUACCACUGCUGGAGGGCUAAGAUAUCAAGUAUCCACCAUUUGUGAGACUAUAAAGGUGACGUGUAAUUUAUACUGGGCAUUGGACUUAGCGUACCCUAAGGUAGCUGCACCUUGUUGGAUGUUUAUCCAACGGGCCAUAUUUAAGAUGAAAUCUAAGUUUGACUCUGAAGGAGUUCCAUUAAGAGCUUUCGCUAUUAAAUUAGCUUGAUUAAACUUUUGAACGCCUUUUGAUAAGUGUCUCGCGCCAUUAAACUAAUUUACUAAUAAACCUUAUUUGAUAAUACCUAGCUUGAUACAGUUGCGUUGACAUUAACACGGCGUUCUUGACGUCCAAGGGGAUA